CCCACCAUGUCGUCCAAGGUCAAGGCUGGUCAGCUCUGGGGAAAGAGCAAGGAUGACCUCACCAAGCAGUUGGAGGAGUUGAAGACCGAGCUCAGCCAGCUCCGUGUCCAGAAGAUCGCCAACGGUGCCUCGUCGAAGACCACGAGAAUCCACGACGUUCGCAAGUCGAUCGCUCGCGUUCUCACCGUCAUCAACGCCAACCAGCGCGCCCAGCUCCGCCUGUUCUACCAGAACAAGAAGUACGCUCCCCUCGACCUCCGUGCCAAGCAGACCCGCGCCAUCCGCCGCCGCCUCACCAAGCACGAGGCUACCCUCAAGACCGAGCGCCAGCGCAAGAAGGAGAUCCACUUCCCCCAGCGCAAGUACGCUGUUAAGGCUUAAAUGUAAAGAAACCUUAAGGGGCAAAGGGAUGGAGUUUGUUUUUCUUUGAAACGGGAACGUCAAUUGUUUCUACCAAAAAAUUGAUGAUGAACGGGGUUUUGACCUGUGGCACCUUGUGUGGGAAGGGGUCCGGUUAUCCAAUCUAG